AUGGGGCUGCUAAAGAAGUCAUCCAAGAAAGCUUCCUCGGACGAGCCCAAGAACAAGAUCGACAAGCAUGACGAAGCGAAUGAUCCGCUUGGUCUCGGAAGGAACGACUCUCCUGCCUCGGGAUCAAGUCGCGGCAAGGAGAAGACAAACGCCAGGGAGGGGAUGGAAAACCAGGAGAACAAUCGGAUCGAGCGCAAGACUGAAAAACAUGCCAAGAAGAUCAAGGCAGAGGCAGAGACCAUCAUAGCCGCCAUCGUCUCCCUCGCUCAGGUAGCAGGCAACGUCCGCGGAAUCUUCGAGGAAGUGAGGCCUGUGGAACAAGCCGCGGAGGUGCUGAAGCACUUUGAAAGUGACGGCCAUGCUCCCGGCAUGCCGCCACAAGACCCUCACGCGAUCGCCUCGCUCAUCGUCUACUUCCUGCGCGACAAGGAGGAAGCCGUGUGCACCUCCAUGCUGAGGGACGAGAUCAUGGAUGCUUGCUCCCUGUCCGACGACAAGGAGAGACACGAGCGCCUGCGCAGCAUCACGCACGCAUUGCCCGCGGAAAACCUCUCCUUCCUCCGAUCCCUGCGCGAGCUCGUGCUUGCUGUCUCUGUGGAGCAUGAGGCCUUCUAUCAAGACGGGCUUGAGACCAGGAUCGACGCUCUUGCCCAGCUGUUCGGCCCGCUGCUGAUCCGACCAGCAGCGUCAGAGAUGAAGAGGAAAGCACAUCUCACCUCGCUAUUCGCCCGCCACCUCUUCGCCAAGACUUCCAUUCUCGUACCCUCACCCGUCGCUCCUCCUCCAGCCGCUGCCGAGGACAAGGAGGAGGCUCAAGAUGCCCAGCAGGGAAGCGGCAGGAAGCCGGCGAUCCCGAAAAUCUCCAUCCCCUCCGCCAUGACUGCCCGCGCGCUCACGUUCCGAAAUGUGCUAGAGAAGGCCGGAGGCAUGCAGACGGCGAGAGAAGGGCUGGCCAAGAAGGAGGGGGAGGAGGGGGAUGGUAAAGGAUCCUCUAAGUUGAAAGGCGGGGCCUCGAAGAAUGAUGCUGAACCAGACCGGAGGAAGAACGCCACGAUCAGAUUCGCAGAGGAGGACGAGGACAGUGACGAGACCAACUACAACCAAGCCUCCACCCCCCUCGACUCGACGUGGAAGCGACACGUGCAGAGCCUUACAGACGAGGAGAGGAGAGAGUGCAUGGCCGGCGCCAUGCAAGGAGGGCCCCUCCUCAAGUACAGCUCCCGCGGUCGCCCGGUCCAGCUGAUGUUCUUCAAGAUGUCUUCGAGCGCAGACUCGCUCUCCUGGGGCCCCGUCGCCUCCCCGGACGACCGCAAGUACUUUCUCUCUCUCCUCAACGUCCAGCUCGUCCUGCCCGGCGACCUUGCCGUCGGUGAGUUCGCGCAUGCCGGGGAAGAGUCGCAGCGGCACCUGCGGCUGGCUCUCGAGCUGAAGGGGAAGCAGAGGCUCGAGCUGGAGGCUCUCAAUGCUCCUGCUCUUCGCAUGUGGGGCGUCGCCAUCCAGCACGCGAUCUUGACCAGGACCUUCUUUUCCGAGGAGACUCCCGGCGAGUCCGCCGCCCUCCCCUUCACCGCUCGCGACUGGCAGAGGCCCGAGACCGGCGACAGCGAGCAAGGAAGGAGCACGAACCUCUCGCUGCCCCUCCGACCAGCCGCGAGCCAUGGCCUCGCCACUGCUCGCCUGCUCGAAGGGGUCGGAGAUGAGCAGGAAGCGGCCGGAAGGUCAGGAGCGACAACAUCCCGACCGGUCAGGAGCACGAGCUUCGCUCCUGUGCCUGCUGGCCCUGCCACAGCCCGCGGACCAGGAGGACGCGAUGCGCCGGAUCUCUCGAUGCUCAACGUGCAUGUGCUGCUGAGCAAGGCGAGGCACAACAGGAGGGAGGAUGUGGUGGCGCUGCUGGACAAGGGGGUGCCGGUGGACGCGGAGGACGAGGAAGGGAACACAGUGCUGAUCGUGGCUUGCCAGAACAACCACAAGAGGAUCGUGAAGGAGGCGCUGAGGAGGAGGUGCGACGUGAACCAUCAGAACAGGAGGGGCGACACCUGCCUGCAUUUCUGCUUCGCCCUCAAGUACUUCUCUCUCGGCCACUACCUCCUCUCCAAGGGCGCUGACCCUUCGAUCCGCAACAAGCUCCAGCAGACCUGCUUCGACCGCUGCGCUCCUGAGUCCUUCGACCUCCCCCCGCCCGACGCCCCCGAUGCUGGGGAGGACGAAGGAAAGCGGGCAUCCGGCAGAGCGAGGAAAAGGCGAGAAGAGGAGCCGAAGCUGUCGAGCUUCGAGCAGGAGAUGAGGGAGCUGAAGGCGAGAAUGGAGGCCCUCGAGAAGGAGAACUCCCUCCUCCGCAGCCGUACUGACCAGGAGACGAAGUCAUCCGUUCCCUCCAGCUCCGUCGGAGGAGAGGAAGAGAAGAAGAGGAGGGAAGAGGAGCUCUCUUCGUUGGCUGAGCUCGUCACCCCUGAGUCUCGGGGGAAGUAUCAAUCGCCGAGCCUCUCCGAACCAGCUUCCACUGUGCAGGUUGGAGGCAAGUACGAGAGAAGCAUUGCGUCAUCCUACGACCCGAGCAGAGCUCAGCAGGUGGCUGAGCAUGCGACGGGCCUGGGGGAGAUGGAAAGCAACCUGAACGAGGUCCAUGCUGCCAUUCACGAUGUGGAAGAAGUGUUGUCCAAGGUCACGAGCCCGUUUGCUGUGAGGGAGAGGGAGAGCAAGAAGAGCUCGCGAGCAACGUGGAGGUCGAGAGAUCUCACGUCGUUGCCGCGAACUCUGAUGUUUGAGGACGAGCAGCGCGACAAGAGCGUAGAGACGAAGACGAGCAGAGGAGAGGAGAAGGGAGGAGAGGAGAAGAUAGGGGGGAUGGUGAAGCGGGAUGGUGAAGAGGAGAAGAGCUGGCAGAAGAGAAUUCAAGACGCCCGGGAGCUUGCGAAAAAGCUCUCGGGCAUCGCAAAACUUCCUCGUCCUAAGGCUGCGGGCAGACUGGAGGGGCUGGAGGCAAAAUACAUGCAGCAGCAGCAGCAGCAGCUUGAGGAGGAGGAGGAGGAGGAGGAGGAGGAGAAGGAGAAUACUCAGAGAGUCAAGGAGGAAGUUCCGAGCACGCAGUACACGCGGCGAGGAGGAGGCGGGAAGGAGGACAACGAGUUCCACAACCUCAUGGACGUGAAAGAGCAGAGCACUGCCCAGCGAUCGCUCAGUGUUAGUGAGGACGCGACGUCAAGCGACGAGGAUGAACUGGUCGUGCUGGACGUGGCCUGUGAUCAGCCUGCUGCUCGUGCUGAACUGGAGGCCCCGCGUGAGCUGGAGGAGGCGAAGUCAGGCACGGCAGGGCUGGAGGAAGCAGCAGAGAAACCAACUCCGGCGAGGAGGUUGAAGACAAGUAUGCGAGUCAAGGCUGGCACAGGAGCAGCGAGCAGGAAGACACCAACACUGAAAUAUCCAACGAGAGAGACGAGGAGGUGAAAUAAACAAGUCUAUUC